GGUGUAAACCCUUCCGCUAGUUCGACGGGAAAUUCAUGCGUUUUAUGGGUUAAAUAAUUCAGAUUAUAGAUGGGCCUGAGGCCCACCUCUAACAUAGCUGAGCAUAAAUCCCCGCUUAAACCCAGAGCCCCGCCAUCACAGAGACGAUAAUGGCGUAUGUGGCCACUAUUCCUUCAUCUUCCUUUCUCAGCCUUCAAUUUUGCAGCGAUAAGCUACUUUUCGCUCAUCUUCUUCCUGAAAGAUGUUGUCAGCGUAAUAACAAAUCUGAUACCUUGAGAACCUACAAAGUCAGCUGCAGAAUCAGUAAACUAAAAGAAGCUCCUCCAGCUUCUUUCAUAAGAGAACCUCACAAAUAUUUCGAUCAAGUCAUAAUCACCGUUCGUUCAGGUGAUGGAGGCCAUGGUGCUAUUCUUAACAUGCCUCAACCACAACAGAAAUCAUCAGAUGUUAAGUCAAAAAAGAAGCAGAAUAAGAAGAGCUCGUAUAAAAGAGACUUUGAUGGAUCACUUAUUCUACCGAUGGGAGGACAUGGAGGGGAUGUAGUUAUUUAUGCCGACGAAGGAAAAGAUUUUCUGUUGGAAUUUCACUCCAAAAGUCGGUUUAAUGCAAAACGCGGUGGAAACGUUGAUGCUAUGGGUGUUUUAAACUCUCUAUUGCAUGAUGGAUUUGCUGCUCCUACUUUGCGUAUUCCUGUCCCUGUAGGUACUGUGGUUAAGCAUAAAAGAGGGAAGCUAUUGGCUGAUCUAACACAACCAGGUGACGAGAUAAUUGUUGCAAGGGGUGGCCAAGGAGGGCAGAUUAGCUUGUUAGAUGCACCAGAGCAUAGAAGAAAAAGAUUAAUGGCUUUAACUACAAAUGUUUUGCGAGAUGAUAGUGAUAAGGUUUUAGUUCUUGGCCAGCCUGGAGAGGAGGUUAAUCUGGAGCUGAUUCUACGGGUCGUUGCUGACGUUGGUCUAGUUGGUCUUCCAAAUGCUGGAAAAUCCACCCUUUUGGCAGCAAUAACACAUGCCAGACCUGAUAUUGCUGACUAUCCUUUCACAACGUUGAUGCCAAAUCUUGGGCGCCUAGAUGGUGAUCCAACUCUAGGAGCUGCAAUGUAUUCGUCUGAAGCAACAUUGGCAGAUUUGCCUGGUCUUAUUGAAGGUGCUCAUUUGGGAAAGGGCCUUGGUCGCAAUUUCUUGAGGCAUCUUAGAAGGACUCGGCUAUUGGUCCAUGUUGUUGAUGCAGCUGCUGAGGACCCUGUGAAUGACUAUAGAACUGUCAAAGAAGAAUUGAGAAUGUACAAUCCUGAGUACCUUGAAAGACCACAUGUCGUUGUUUUAAAUAAGAUUGACCUUCCUGGGGCAAAGGAUAGGCUUUCGUCUUUGACUGAAGAAAUAUCAGAAAUUGGUAGCAGUGAGAUCUUUAAUGGAGAUAGAAAUGAUAAAGAGAUAGAGGACUAUCCAGCCCCUCUUGCUGUUGUUGGUGUCAGUGUUCUGAAAGGCAUCAGGGUAAAUGAGAUGUUGAAGGAGAUAAGGACCGCCUUAAAAAACUGCAGAGAUUCUAACGAGGCAUCGGAACCAAGUGCAAUCCCAUGAGGCGAUGAGUAAGUUGUGAAUAGUUUCUAGAACACCAUAGGGCCACAGUUUAUGGACGUGGAGCAUUCUAUGAUCUUAGAUUGGUGGAUAAAACUGAUAAUCACAAUCACACAGCUUAAUUGUUGCUCUAGAGCCGCUAAAGUGCAAAUCUGCAGUAAAUAAGCUAACCUAGCUGGAGAUACAUUGUUUAGACAAUCAGGUGCGUCAUAUAAUUUUAUCUUGACAUCGUUGUAAGACCUGACAGAUUGAGCACAUAUUUUCGCUGGUUUCGCGCUAGCUUCUGCGUACAAAUAUACCCGUUGAUAAUUAUGUCAAACUUUGGAUUAGUAUAUACUCAUGUUUAAUAACAUGUCUACUGUAUCUUUUUGUUUGCA